AAAAAAAAAAAUGAUGGCGGAAGAAGCUCCGCGAAGUUCCUCGAACGGGCGCAGAGGCUUAGGAAACAAACCACCUUUAAAAAAUGAAAAUGCUGCUGAAAGGAAAGCAGCACUUGAAGCUGCUAUUAGGAAAAAAAUUGAGUGUGAGCGGAAAGCAUUGCAAGUUGUUGAACACCUGUUGGAAGAUGACAUUACUGAAGAAUUCUUUGUGGAUUGUGGGAGGCUUAUAACAUCUUCUCACUAUCAGGAUGUGGUAGAAGAACGAUUUAUCAUCAAGAUAUGUGGCUACCCUCUCUGUCAAAAUAAGCUACAGAAGGUGCCAAAACAAAAGUAUAAAAUUUCUACAAAAACAAACAAAGUAUAUGAUAUUACUGAAAGAAAGCGUUUUUGCAGCAAUUUUUGUUACAAAGCAUCAAAAUACUUUGAGGGCCAAAUAUCCAAAACUCCAGUGUGGCUUCGAGAAGAAGAAAGGCCACCAACUAUUGAGCUGCUAAAGAAAGAGUCAAGUGGCUACUCUGGGAAGGAAAUAAAAUUAGUCAGCGAAAGAAUUAAAGCCUUAGACAUUGAAAAUCCUACUCCUGCAGAAAUCCAUCAUGACUCUGACUUAGGCAGUGAAAGUAACAGUGAUGCUGAGCAGGAGUUUGUUUCUUCUGUUCUACACGAGAAUCUUUCAAAUGCAGAGAAGUUGGCCAGGAAGCCCCUCAAGAGCAUCCUCAAAAAAAGUUCUACCAAGAGAGCCGAAUCCAAGCUCUUCACCCCAGAGGAUACGCUUGAUGAGACUUCAACCCAACUAAGCAAAGGCACAUCAGAGGGUAAUAUUCAGGGGGAAGAAGCUUGCCAUUCUCAAAAUGUUCUUGAAAAUGUACAGGUCUCUGAAAAUCUUGGAAAUAACACUAGCUGCUCCCAAGUAGUGUUUCUGGGAGUGAGCCAAAAAGGGGCAGACCAAUUUAAAAGGUUACUUGCUCAAUCAAAACUGUCUGUCAGAAGUCCAGCAGACUCCCUUGCAGCCAAAGAUAGCUUGUUAGAGAGCCUUUGGAAGACAUUUACUGAAUGGAGGAGUGAAGAGACGUUAAAGUUUCUCCAUGGCUCUCGCAGCACCUCUAUUCAUCUACUGCAGCACACCCAGCCAAAUGACUCUGAGAAGGAAGAGCUUGAUGAAGAUGAUUUGGAAAAUGCCAGUAGCGGUGAAGCUGUAUCCCCAAAAGACACUUUAAACAGCCUAGAUCAGUCUUUGCCUUUCCAGGACUCUAGGACAGCUUCCAAACCGUUACCGAGCUUUGAAAAUUUAAAAAAAGAGACCUUACAGUUGGAAUUAAAGGUGAGCGAAUUUUACAAAGGAAAGUUCACUGCCAUCGAAGAAGAGGAUUUGGCAAUGCAAUCAGAAAGGGAACAGCAGAAUGGGAAGUCUCAAGACAAUGAACAGUGGAGUCCCAUUUUGCCUCUUGUGGAUUCUAAAGCUCAGCAGCAAAUACGGACCCGGAUUGUGCUUGAAAAACUGCAAAAAACUGUACCUGCUGUUUUGGGCCCGCUUAAGAUUCCUUUUGGUGAUGUUUAUAGUGAACUGAGAAAUCUUGUAAAAACAUUUAGGUUGACAAAUACAAAUAUAAUUCACAAAGCUCCAGUAUGGACCUUAAUUACCAUUGUGCUAUUGUCUAUCUUGUCAGAAAAUAUUCCUGCUUUUGCACAUUCUCAGCAAAAUAAAGGAUAUACGCAGUUCUUUGCUACCUUGCUUGAAGAAUUAUCUAUCAAAACUGAAGAUCUGGAAAGCCUAACAAAAAUAUUUAGAAGUGAUUGACUUCCUCCCUGAAUAAGAACAUCAUCCUUCAUUUCUCUUUUGACCAGAGAUUGAAUUAAUAUUCCACAACUGGACUUUAUCAGACAACUAGAAAUCGUUUUGUAUUUUAGUAUUUUAAAAUACCAGCUUA